AUUGUUGCUUGGACGUGGCAGCCAUGACGUGAUUUUCUGAAUUUUUUUUGUUGAACCAGAUUACACUAUUAAUUAUAAAAAGAAUUGUAGUUUAAGGGAAAUACGUGCAUUAAUCGUAACAGCAUCGUUUGCAAGCGGCUCAAUUAAGUGUUAACCGAAAAAUCCAGUGCGUAAUAUAGUUUAGAAGUGUUUUCUCUUAUCAGAGUGUAAAGUGAAAAUAAGAACAUUGCAAUAUUCCAACAACAAGAAACGAAUCAAAACGUAACAGCAGAAAUCAAAGAGGACGACGACAAGCAAAGGCACAGUAAUCCAUCAAUCAACCAACCACAAUAAGCCCAAAAAUAAACAAGACCAACAGUUGCCGCAGCUGCUGCAGUAGCCCCAAUAAAAGCGUCCGUCGUCCCAUUUGAAAGCUUAAAGCACCUCUCCCCAUCGCACUUUCCAACACUGCACUGUGGAGCCUAAGCAGGCAGUGAGCGAGAGGGCGAGAGCGAGCGAGCAACAGCUGAUUGGGAUAGUUGCUGUGCUGCUGUUGGGGAAUCUGCGCAGAAAGAGAGAGAGCAAGAGCGAGAGCGAGAGCGAAACUACUACGUGUGACGUGUGUGGGGGCAUACAGGUGGCAGAACAGCUGUUCCAACAACAAAAAAGCAAUACAACAAAUAUCCAUUUUUCUAGAAUAUCCCAUUACCCCGACUGCAGUUGUUCCACGUAUAAAAAACAUCAAUCAAAACAACAACUGAAAAUAAAAAUCAAGUGAAGCAAUCAUCACCAGCAAGCAAAAACAUUAACAACAAGCAACGCAUCUUCCAGAAGCACCCUUCCAGACGUCCAAACGUUCCAAUUUGUGCGCUUCCUUCCUUCCUUUGUACCCGUUUGGUCUAUCACACGGGUCGGUUUUCCAUUAUUUUGCAACACUGGCUGGCCAAGCGUUCUGUCCUGCAUCCUCUCACCUAUUGCCAUUCACCGUGCAACGGCACAUCCUCCAUCCAUAGAAGGAACGGAACAUUGAAAUCACAGUUUGCACAUCCAUCCGAUUGAUCUGAUCUGGUUCGAUUCGAUUUGCGGCUAAUUGCGCGCACGUUAUGACCAAUUCGAUUGCGUCAGCAAAAUGCCUGCCCAAUGCACUCUCGUCUGGCAAUUAUGGUAUGUCGCAAAGCCACCGUUACACCGAUGAUAGCAAGGAGUACAUCAUAGUCAAGCUCACCGACUCCGCCUUCCGUGCAAUCGAGGAAUACCAGCGGGACGACAAUGCCAAGCGCCUGCAGCCCGGCCAGCGGGCCAAGAUCCAGUUCAUUGGCAACACCGGCGUCAUACAGUUCCCCUCCCGCCCCUCGACGACCGAGGGCCAUAGCAGCAACAACAAUGGCAACAACAGCAACAGCAACCUACCUUCUGGCGGCAGCAGCAACCCUGGUGGCAGCCACAUGGACGCCAAUGGCGGACGCAAAUUUGGUUUCACCAUCAACAACAUGGAGGGUACCCUCGAGUGCGUCCAGCAGCAGCAACAGAACCUCGGCGUCCUCGGUGCGGUCACGCUCCGGAUGCGGAUACAUGCCAACGACGAUGUGUACGAUACGACACGCACGAAAAUGGCCAUUGCCGAGGAGACGGAGAAGAGCAAGUGCAUACGGGAGAUCAAGCCAAAUCAGUCGGAUAUUGGGCGUAAGGUGAAGAAGGCCCCAUCGUCCUCAUCCUCCCUGUCCGGAUCCGCUACGGCUUCGAUGACGACGACGACAGCAUUUCAUCAUCACAGCAACAGCAACAACAACCACAGUGGGAACAACAACAGCAACAACAGCAGCAGCAGCAAUAGUUUUAAUAGCAACAACAACAACAACAACAAUAGUCGUAAGUUAGGUUCAUCGCCAUUUAAUGGUCUAGGAGUAGGAGGAGCAGGAGCAGGAGCAGGAGCAGGAGUAGGAUCAUCAUCGUAUGCCACAUCGUAUGCCGCCGCCACAGCAUCACAGCGAUCGCCCAAUCCGAGUACGCUGGGUGGCAGCGGCACAGUCAAUGGCGGUGGAGCGUCGAAUCGCUACCACAGCAACAGCAACAACUCGGCCUCCUCGCUGGCCUCAACAUUUGCCAAUGGAAUAUCGCAGGGCUACAACAUGAGCGGCAGCUCGCCGAGGGACAGCCAACCAAUCAACAACAACAACAACAGCACCAGCAGCAGUAGCAACAUCAGCAACCACACAACAACCACAACCUCCGCCAUAUCCAUCUCCUCGACAAACGGACGCAGCAAAAUGGUUAGCGGAGGCGGCAGCAACUCGAGGAGCGGCAACAACAAGUCAUCCGGUGGCAACAAGAUGUCAGAUGUGUCGAGGCGCACCAUUCGGGAGCGCCUGAUCCACUUGCUGGCGCUCAAGGCCUUCAAGAAGCCGGAGCUGUUCGCUCGACUGAACAACGAGGGGAUACGGGAGCGGGAGCGCAACCUGAUUACCAGCAUACUCAAGGACAUCAGCACGAUGGCGCAGAACACGUACAAUCUGCGGCGCCAGAUGUGGAACGACGUGGACGAGAAUUGGCCGUACUUUAGCGAGCAGGAGGUGCAGCAGCUGAAGCGCCGCAAGCCCCAGAAUCUGACACCCCCGAUGAGCUCCGAUGCGGGCAGCUCGACCUCCGGCCAGAGUCCCACAUCGACGCAUACGGGAAGCCCACCGCCGCAUGGCAAUGGCGGGGGAGUGGGUGGCGGUGGCGGCGGCAGCCUGAAGCGCACCAGCCUAGAGUACGACGAGACGAUGUUCAGCACUGUGCAGCCGAAGAAGCAGCGCAUCAGUCACUACAAGAAGGACACUCCGCCCUCGGCCACAUCGUACCCGUCCUCCUCCUCCGUGUCCGUGUCUGCCUCUUCCGCCUCAUCGAACCGGAACCGCUACACGCCACCGCAGCGACAAGGGGGUCCGCUGGACGAUCACACAAGCGGUGAUCUCAGCUACAAUGUCCUGGACAACAUGGAGGAGUUCAUGAGCUCAACGGCAGCGGCGGUGGCAGCAGCGACGCAGCAGCAGCAGCAGCAGCAGCACCCGAGGAGCAAUAGCAGUAGCAGCAGUAGGCGUGGCAACUCCUCCCAAAACGGUGGAAGCGGCAGCGGCAGCAAGGACAAACGUAAUUCAACUGGCAGCAAUUCCAGUAGUUCCAGCGGCUAUGAGACACAGCUGGAGCGCAAUCGGACGACGACGGCGGCGACGGCGAGCAUGCCAGCGAGUCGCAACAGCAAAUCCUCGACAACGCCGCCCAAGCUGGCGACCAGCUUUGUGCCAGCAGCCACCGGAGGGGGAAAAGGAUCUGGAUCUGGAGGCAAGCAACGUUCUUCGGCGGCGGCUAAUCUGCCACUGCAGCAGCAACAGCAUCAGCAGCAGCAGAGCGACUACAACUCUUACAACAACAACACCCAUGCGGCCUCCAACAGCAAGAAGCGUACGAGUAGUGCAUCAUCAUCCAACGACAGAGGCCAGCGCCAGAGGAGCUCGAACUCAAGCUCAGGCUCCUAUCAACAGGUUCCACCUCCCUCCUCCGCCACUGUCUCCCGUUCCGCAUCGGCGUUGUCCGUCCACCAGCACCAGCAACAGCAGCACCAUAGCCAUCAGCAGCAGCAGCAGCACCUGCAGCAGCAUGGAGCUCCGGCAGCCAGCAGCGCCCAGCACCCAUCGCCCACACAGCAGCUGGCGGCGGCUACCCAUGCGUAUGCGAACGCCGAUGCCGAUUCGUCCUCGAGCCCACGCUACGACUUCAGCCAAUACGUUCCCAUACAUUCACUGGAAGUACGUAGACGCUACAAGACUGAAUUUGAGAGCGACUAUGAUGAGUAUCGCAAGCUGCUGACCCGCGUCGAGGGCGUGCGCAACCGCUUCCAGACCCUCUCUGAGCGCAUGGACAGCGCCCGGCGUAGCGACAACGGCUGCGGGGACUACGAUCAGAUCAAGCGCCAGAUUGUCAGCGAGUACGAGCGCAUCAACAACGAUCGCACCAUCCGCGAGGACAAGCAGCGGUUCGACUACUUGCAAGCCAAGCUGGCCCACAUUAAGCAGCUGGUUACCGACUAUGACCAGACAUUGAUCACAUUGGCGGCUACGCCUGCGCCCGCACCGGCACCGGCACCUGCUCACGCUCCUGCCCAAGCACAAAUGGCGGCGAGACACGCGGAACAGCAGCGGAGACAGCAGCAGCACCAUGCGGUGGAGACGAUAGAACAGCAUCAUCCUCAGCAGCAUCAGCAGCAUCAGCAGCAACAGCCACAGUCGCAGUCGCAGGAGCCUCAAAGCGAUUCGGAUGACAGUUCCGAAAGUUCGGAUUCCAACGAUGAUGAUGAUGAUGAUGAGAACUGCGAAGAUUCCAACUCCAAUACCGACGACGAUCAGAACCGCGACCGCUACUGAUACACACACAACUACUUCGAUGAUCCGCGUAACCCUCCCUAACCCAAACUCCCUCUAACCCCUAACCCCAUGUAAAAAGGCAAAACAAACAAACAAACAAACAAAAAAUGAAGAAGAAAAGGAAACUAUUAUAUACAUAAAUACAACAAAUACUAUUAUAGUAAAAACAUAAUACAACAAACAAAAACAUAAACAUAAACAUGAACAUAAACAUAAACAUAAACAAACAAAAAAUCAACAACAAAAUACAAGCGAGCGAGACACCGCGAGAAAAACACCAAGCAACAAAAAUGUUCUUCAAGAAAUUGUACUGCAAAAACACCAACAAAGAAAAAACAAAUGUUGAAAUUACGGAAUAUGUUAAAGCAAAAAUAUAUAAAAAAAAAAAUUUAAAUAAAACAAAAACAAAAAUACACACAAAAACAGAGAAAACCUUUCGCUUAAAGAUACUUUUUAUCGAAACGAAAGAUGCAUAUAUAACUUGUACACAUAUAUGAAACUAUUAUAUAUAUAAAUAUAGCAGAUGCAGGAUGCAGGAUGCAGAAAGCAGAAUGCAGAACGUGCAUGAGGAGACAAAAUCAAUAUUUUUAAACGCGUUUGAGCAACAAUUUAUAAGAGUUGUAGACUUAGACAUUUUUUUUUUUUUUUUUGUUGUUGAACAUCCCAGACCAGACAUGAGAGCAGCUUGAGAAUAAGAUCGGAUCGUAACUAAAUGAGAAGAAAUAAAACACACGCGUGUUGUGUGUGUUUUUCUUUUUUUUUUGCUUGCGUUUAUUGUGUGUAAUAAUAAUUAUUAUAUUAUUCUAAUUAUAUCAACUUUUAAAUAUAGUCUAUAUGUUUUUCGUUUAAUCUAAUACGUUUUUUUUUAUUUUUCUAUCUUGAUUUCUGUUUUAUUUUUUUGUUUUGUUUUUUUAACAUUUUGUUACAAACGGCAGACAACACACGGACACACACACACUCAUACUCAUCCACAAAAUUAUUGCAUUUUUUCGGGCAUAGCUUUUGGUUCUAUAGAGAGAGAGAAAGAGCACAAAAUGGCCGUAAUUUACAAUUGCAAGCACAGUCAUUACAUGUAGAAUGUAGAAUCACAUGUAGAUGCGAUGUGGAAUUUCAUGCAGGAUUGACCCGUAGACUUCCGCCGGAAUUGACUGGAACUGGCAGCACAGCAGCAGGGCAGAAUUGUACUUCAAAAGUACUACGACAGUCGUGUGUGUGUCAGUCUUUCAGUCAGCUCCUGGUGAAAUACGGCCCGGCCCUAGGGAACUGUUGAGAACCAAAACUAGCACUUGAUAUUGAGCCAAUGUUUGCCAAACCAUUGAAUUCCGUGAAUGACAGACAGAGACAUAAGGAUACACAGAGAGCACCCAAAGAGGCAACAUUCAAUAAUAAAUAUAUUUUCCUUUCGGUGUUGCGGCAGGCGGGGUUGAUGCGCGGGUGUUGCAUGCGGGCGUGCCUCUAACAAUAGACUGAACUUUUCUAACGACUUGUUAAUUUCUAGCGGCUUUUUUAGUAAAAAUUAUUCGUCUGUUUUUAAUCGAUAACUAGUUAAUUUGUAAUAUAUACAUGUUUUUUUUUUUUAUAGCCACAGUAGAAGUACAGGUCCCCCAAAAAAGAUCCUAUCUAUCCGUACUAAUUUUAUUUGAAUUAUUUUACCACAAGCAGAGAGACAAAGAAUAUUUAUAUAUAUAUAUAUUUUUUUUUUUUGCGGGGUGUUUAGAAAAUUCACAUUGCUCAAAAAACUAUGAUUGAGGGAGGGGAGGACUAAUGGAAAGGAUAUACAUUGCAUACUUAAUGGUUGUAUCAGAGCUACUAUUGCGGCCCUCUUUUAGUUUGUAGUAAGACCAGACCAUACCCAGACGCUUCCUUAAGUAACAGUAACAGUAAAAGUAAAGGUAACGGUAACGGUAACAGUUAAAGUAAAAUUGAAAUUGUAAUUGUCGCUUGAGAAUUAUCAAAUAAUUUGCUGAAAACUCUACUAGUGUCCAAAAUGAUAGGGAAGGGAGGAACGAUAGGGUAGGGAAACGAAAGCAUAACAAAGCAUAGGAUCUAACACGAAAUUGUAAGUGAAAAACAAAAAACCGAAGAAAUUUUAGCUAUUUCGUUGCAAUAUUUUUUAUAUACGAUAUUUAAGUAGAACUGUGGGGGGGAAGAAUUGGGCUGAACGAUGAUAAACGAUAAAUGAUAAAUGACGAUGAUGAAUGUUGACAAAAACGAAAAGGGGAAAAUCAAACGGAAUAAAUCGAUUCGUAGCAAUUACAAAAAUCAUAUAUACAAUUUAUAUACAACUAAAAAUUAUAUAUAUAUUAUAUACAACAUUGACAUUUGAUAAGUAAAGCAAACAAAAAAAAAAAACAUACGGAAACUUACUAGUUUUUAUAUAAAUGCCACGCCCACAACGCCCACACACA